AUGACAUUGGCAAUAACGUUGUGUAUGACGUCAUUGUGUAUGACGUCGUUAUGGAAUGUUAUUCAGGCAGUAAAAAUACAGACCUACAACGUCGCCCUCCUCACCAAUACAGCCAAAUACAAACAAAGGAGACCAAACGUAAUCCGCGCACUGGCAUCCGGAGAUUAUGACGUCAUGUGCCUUCAAGAGAUGUGGUUCGGAGAUGAUGUUGACAUGCUGAAAGAAAAGCUAGACAAAGAUGUUUCAAUUUACACACCGCCUUUGUACCAGGAGAAGAUGUUUUGGGGAUUAUUAAACGCUCCCCCGUGCCACAACGCACCACUGACAGUAGCCUGCAUAGCUUUAAGAUGUGCCUCCCUCGCAAAUGACUUUGGGGCCCUAACAAACUGUUCAAUAGACUGUGGGUUAUUGACUGAGAGUCAGGGAUGUAUUGCCUGUCUCACCGCUUCCGGUUUGAGUGCAUUGCGCUGUUUUAAUUACGUGAGACAUGAGACAAUAAAUAUUCCAGGUGUUGUCCUUCUAAGUAAGAGGAGAGUGAAUUCAGCCAAAACGAUUUUCUUUGAACCAAAUGUAAAACAGAUAACUAAAAGGGGCUAUAUAGAAGCUGAGAUUGACGGUGUAGGGACGGUCUUUUGCAGUCAUUCUACUUCCAACGCUGAAACUGAAUUCUACGAACCAAACCUUCGGGACGUUUACUCUAAUAUGGCGGAACAAAAUCUCGCCGACUCUCGUAAACUAACGAAAGCAGCCCUCAUGUCUGACAAACCUCUCAUCAUUGGGGAUCUUAAUACCAGUCCCGACAUACCAGCCUACAACGUCACCGCAGACUUCAAAGACUCCUACAAUCAUUUCUUGUCGGAGGGUUUCGUGUCGCCAUACGUUACCAUGGUGGGAAAAUGUACUUUUUGUCGUCGAAAUCCUCUUGUUAAAGACUGGAAUUACAAUAACGUACUAGAUCACGUGAUGGUACGAAAUCACACCGUCCUCAGUGCCAAGCGAUUUUAUGACGCAAACAUACCAAGUAUGGACUUUCCGAUGUCCGAUCACUAUGGAGUUGAAGUAGAAGUUGGAAACUGA